AUGUCUAAUAGUGCAAGGGACGAUUAUGUGGUCCUCAAAAACUCCAUGACAUUUCCACCAUCUCCUCCCCUAUCACGACAUUCAAACGACUCUGACGAUUCUUUACGCGCUUUGGAAGUUUCUCAUGGCCCAGCCUCAACUUCGCAUAGAGCUGGCCGUGGAAGGUCGUAUUCAAUAACUGGAUUCGAUUUCCAGCAUGAUCUACUGCCGCUGAGCGCCAGUGUAACUGACCCUGGAAAUUUGCACGCUGAGAGCACGGAGAAAAAUAUCAGUCUGAUUAAUGGCAUUGCUUUGGUGGUGGGCUUGCAGAUUGGUUCUGGAAUAUUCUCAUCUCCGGGAGUAGUGGUUGCUAAUACCCACAGCGUGGGCGCGAGUUUGAUAGUGUGGUUUGCCUCUGGUCUACUGGCUUGGACAGGGGCAAGCAGUUUCGCUGAACUUGGAUCUGCCAUUCCUCAAAAUGGAGGUGCCCAGGCUUACCUCUCUUACGCUUAUGGUCCCCUGGUUUCCUAUCUUUUUGCCUGGACAGCAAUCAUCGCUCUAAAACCAGGCGGCAAUGCUGUUAUCAGCCUCAUUUUUGCUGAAUAUCUGAAUCGAAUGUUUUGGCACAGUACACAAGCCGAUGUAUCACCGGAUGAAAUCCCACAAUGGGCAAUCAAACUUACUGCAAUUGGGGCAAUCGUUGUAGUCACGAUUCUCUGCGUCGCUGCUAAGAAGCUGGGAACGCGUGUUGCAGUGGUUUUCACAACUGUUAAAAUUCUUGUGACGGUCUUGGGGAUUGUACAACUCGCCCGCGGAAAAGCUUCCAGCUCUCUUCGAGAGCCCCUUUUUGCUGGGUCGAGUACAAGUCCAUCGUCGUAUUCUCUUGCCUUCUACUCUGGAUUAUGGGCCUUUGACGGCUGGGAUCAAGCUAAUUUUGUGGGCGGGGAAAUUAGCCACCCGGAAAAAAAUAUACCGCGUGCUAUUCACUCUAGCAUGAUACUUGUAACCCUCUUAUUCUUGUUAGCUAAUAUCUCUUAUUUUGUUGUUCUGGAUAAAACUACUGUUGGGCUGAGCAAUACUGUGGCGAUGGAUUUUGGGAGAGCUUUGUUUGGACCCAUUGGUGGUACACUGUUUGCAUUCAUGGUCGCAUUUUCUUGUUUUGGAGCCUUGAAUGGUUCUUUUUUCACUUCGUCAAGAUUGGUGUAUGCAGCGAGCCGGGAACGCUAUCUGCCGGCGGUGUUCGGUAAACUGCAUUCGACUCGCCGGACUCCAUUGAAUGCUGCGCUUUUACAAUCUGGGAUCACCAUCGCAUUCAUUUUAAUUGGAAGUGGCUUUCGGUCUCUGAUCAAUUUCUCAGUUGUUGCUUCUUGGGCGUUCUAUUUCCUGACGGUUUUGGGUCUAGUGAUACUGAGAAUCAAAGAACCUAUGUUAGAAAGACCAUAUAAAACAUGGAUUAUAACUCCCCUCACAUUCUGCGGUGUUGCUCUAUUCCUUCUUUGCAUGCCCAUCAUAGCUGCUCCUGCAGAGGCUAUUGCUGUGUUGGCCUUUGUGCUUGCAGGUAUUCCUGUAUACUAUAUGACACAAUCACCGGAAGACGAAGGGCAAUCGCGCAUAGCUCUAUGGUUUGGAAGUCUUAUGGAUAGACUUCGCGGUCGUUCAAGAGCAGCGGAUGGAUGGCAAGCAGUCGCUACAGAUAAUGAAGAGACAAUGGAGCUUCGCCCUGCUCGAGACCGCUUCUUUAGUGAGCAUACCUACAAAUUCGAUGUCAAGAUGACUUGCUCUGGCUGCUCCGGCGCCGUCACUCGCGUUCUCGAGAAGGCCAAAGCCGACGGUGUUUCCUCGUUCACGGUGAACCUUGAGACCCAGGAGGUUCUUGUCAAUGGUACUCUUCCCUACGACGACGUUCUUGCCAGGAUUAAGAAGACGGGAAAAGAGGUUCGUUCUGGAACAGUAGUAGCUUGA